AUGAAAUUUAGUAUCUACUGUUGUUCUCCAAACGUUAAAGGUUCAAGAACUUAAUAAAAAAACGAUGAAUCUACUAUGGUAAGUAUUAGAAGCAUCUCUCAAAUUAGUCUACCUUCUAUUUCUAAAAAAAAGAAACCGUGGGUCUUUCAAGAUGAUUAUGAUUUCUUAAAAGAUGAAAAAAGAAUUUUUAAAUUAUUAGAUGAUGAAAAUUCUCCCUAUAUUAAUAGAAGACAAUAAGCUCUUAAAUUAAUUUAACAAAUUGAUUAUAAUGAUCCUGCAGAUAUUGAAGAAAGAUUCUCAUUUAUUUUAAAGUAUAAUUUUAUAAAUAAUCAAGAGAUACUUAAAACAAACAAGAAUAGGCAAUCUUUAUAAUAUUGGAGUAUUUGCUUUUGCUUUUGUAUUACAAAUUAAUAACUUAUUUCAAAAAGCCAUAUAAGUUUGGUAAAAGUUUCUUAUCUUUUGCAAUGGUCAUAGAGCAUUCAAAUAUAAAAUGAUAGCUUACAAAUUUCUAGCUGAACUUUACCUUCUAGAUGGUGAUCUAAGAAGAUCUUUGAAUUAUUCCAAAAAAUUCCUAAAAUAUGCUUUAUGUUUCAAAGAAUAUGAAUAUGAAUUAAAUGCUUAUGAAUUAAUUGGCAAGAUAUAUUACUAUAAACAAGAAUCAUAAUUAGCUAAAGCUUUUCAUUAAAAAUUUAUGGAAGGUGAAUCCCUUUCCAAUACUGAUUAAAUUAGAGUUUAAGCUAAAAAACUUUUUGAUUUCAAAAUUAAAUAAUAGUAAAGUUUAGGUAAAAUUGAUACAGAUAGUGAAGAAGAAUUUGAAAUAAAUAAAUUAGUAGAACCUAAAGAACUGACUUUUAAUCCAAUUAAAGUAAAAGAUGUUUUAAUUAAAAAUAAACAUUUAUGGGGUCAUGUCAAAAGAGAGUGUGAACCUUUAGGUCCUAUCAAUAGAAGUAUUAUGGAUAGAAAGUUGUUUUAAAGAGAAUAUUAUACAUAAUUGAGUCACAACAAUAGUCUUCAAAAAUUUGUUAAUAAUCAUGGAAUUCAAUUAACAACAACAAAGAAAAAUUUUAUUGUAAUAGAUAAAUUAAUAUUUGAUAUACAAUAAUUUUGA